UAUCGUGUUCAUACAUAUCAUAGUCUGCACUGGAAAUGAGCAGCUCGAGACUAUGUGAAGCCAUUGCUUCAAGCAGUCGUACACUUGUGCAUGCUGCCCGUCUCCCGCGUCAUCGCCCUGGGUCAAUCUCGUUGAUCUCUCGAUCCCGCAUCUCCGUCCGAUCGCUUUCGCCAUCCCAACACGCCAGUAGCUCGGCUCGAUUCUUCUCCUCGUCGCGCUCGAGUCUAUCGGAUCCUCAGCCUUCACGGUAUUCCAAGUUCGACACUUCUAUGAAGUCAGAUGUCCGUGAUUCCUCCAUUGACCCAAAUUCACCAACCGUCUUAUCCAAUAUCGUCAAUGCGGAUGAAGGUCUGUUGACAAUCACCAAAUUCUCAGAACAUGGCAUACAGUUCAACGACGGCACAGUCACGCGAUCCGGAGUCUUGGUAUUGGGAGGUCAAGUCUUUGGAUGGGAUGUUCAAGCGCCCGUGGUCAAAUCUGGUCAGAGGAGUGGUGGUGGUGGUGGUGUUGAGGGACUGUGGAAAGAAUGGACUGAAGACAGGUUUGCCCUCCUUGAAUUGGUCACCCCAAAGCCUGAGAUACUACUGUUCGGGACGGGCAGCCGACCUCUUCCUGUACCGCAGAGGAUGAAAGACUCAAUGUCAAAAUUAGGGAUCUCACUGGACGUCAUGGAUUCUCGUAAUGCUGCGUCGACAUUUAAUCUGCUUCAGGAGGAAGGACGUCAGGUCGGACUGGCACUUUGUCCUCUGGUGUCGACGGCGUCAUAGGCGCUAGCCCUUGAAGGGGGCCAGAAACAUCGGCCGUCAAGUUCUUAGUAACUGAGCAUAGCCGCGAGCCAUGGAUUCGGCGCGGGCGAAGAUGUGAAUCUUGUAGUAUCAAGGUCUGUAAUCUGUGCAUUGCGUC